AUGGCGGAGGAGCAGCGGUUGCCGGCGGGGUUCCGGUUCUUCCCGACCGACGAGGAGCUCGUCGGCUACUACCUCGCCAGGAAGGCCAUGGACGCCGCCUUCACCUGCGCCGCCAUCCGCGACGUCGACCUCUACGCCUCCGACCCAUGGGACCUGCCAUCCAACUCGUCGGCGGCGAGCACCGGAGGAGGAGAAGGAGGGGGCGGCGGCGGCGAGUGCUGCUACUUCUUCUGCAUGCGGAGCAGCAAGCACCCGACGUCGGGCGCGCGCGUCCGCCGCGCGACGGCCGGCGGGUACUGGAAGUCGACGGGGAAGGACAAGGGCGUGUACGCCGGGAACGGCAGCGGCCAGCUCGUAGGGACGAAGAAGACGCUGGUGUUCUACGGCGGCAGGGCUCCGAGAGGCCACAAGACGAGCUGGGUGAUGCACGAGUACUCUAGGGCACCCGGUGGCAACCUCCCCAGACGAGCUCAGGGCGGCGAGUGGGUGAUCUGCAGGGUGUUCAUGAAGAAGCCUCCAAGUGACCAGUACUGCACUAGCCUGGAAAUGGAGCAGGAGGCGGAGACGACGACGACGGCGGCGGCGGCGGCGGCGGCACAGAAGCACUUCCUUCCGGCGGUGGCGCAGCCGCCGUCAGGGCCACCACCGAGCUGCCGCUCCGGCGGCGGUGGUCGGGCUGCUACGAGAUACGGCGGCGACCACGAGGAGGAUGACGACCAUAGCACGGCACGAGAUCAGGAGCCUCCCAUGAUCAGUUCACUGUGCGCCUCGCCGUCGUCGUCCUGGCUUCUCAGCAGCAAUGCCGACCAGUUGGUCCACAUCACGCAUGGCCACCUGACCUGCGCGUCACCGUCAGAUGACCUGCCGGAGCUGGUGGAGUUCGGCGACAUCUACGGCGGCCGGAUGGACUACCAGCAGCAGCAGGCCUCACCGUCGAAUUCAGUUGGCUCAUUCCUCGAUGAGCGCUACUUCUGGAACUUCUGAAUUACGUAUAUUCCACUCCACUCGAUGUGCAGUAAGGCGUAAACCCAGUGUAGGUGCAAAACAUGCAUGCUUUUCCUGAACAGAGGACAUGCAUGCAAGUCAUUAGCAAUUAUACGUAAAAAAAUCAUUUGCAUGUAGAAUAUACAUAUUCAUGCGUGUAAAGAACAUUAGGUUGACACGGCAGUUGGUACGAAUGCAGAGCUCUACUCAUUUACGUACACAAUCCUAUAUGAUCUCAAUACUCCUCUAGAUAAGGGGGAGUGCUUGCACUGUACUUGUACUAAAUAAUUGACUGGUAGUAUAAACUGUUGUGAAAUAUAUUACCAAUUAUUGAAGCAUAAUGUUCAAUGAUCUCUAUAGCUCCCAAUAUUCAUGUAAAACAUUCAUAUACACAGCAAGAAUUAGGAACUUUGUAACUCUUGUA